CAGCAUCCCGUGUUCAUGCAGAAGAUGGUUGGUGAUCAACAUCACCAUCAGCAGCAGCAGCAGAAGAUCGAGAAAGCGAUGCAGAGUAACGAAAAUGACACUGUGAAUAUGAAAUGUGAUUUAUCUCAUUACCUGAUAGCUGUAAAGAAAACUAAACUUAGCGUAAUUAGAGAAGAGGAAGAUACGAAGCCAGAGAAGAUCGAGAGGACGAUGUCGUCGAUGAUGCCAGCGAAGGAAAAAGCACAGCAACAGUUGCUGGGUGAUGAGGAUGACCAAAUUAUAGCAAUUAAGAGUUCCACAAGCGAUAAUAAUAAUGAUAAUGUAGCGGGAAAGGUGGAAUCAGAACAGAAGCAGGAAGCGAGCAGGAUCAACAAGGACGAAAUUUAUCGGAGCACCAGAUGCAGUAGCAGCAGCGACAGCAGCUACGUAAUGUUUGAAGACUUGCUACGUUUAACGCAGCUCGAAUCGACCAUCCGCAAGCAGGCACCGUACCGCAGCAUCCGGUUGAGUUUACGAGGUGGCGGAGAAGAUUCCAUCAACAACGGCACAAGUGCCUGGGGUACGCCCGCUGCUACGAACAAUCCGGCUGGCAGUACGUGGGGUCCGAUCGGUGGUGGUGGCUCGGCGCAACAAUCGGGUGCAUCGGUUGGUGGUGUUGCUGGAGGAUCCGCACAACAGCAAGCUGGUGGACCAUCCGGUACCGGUGCGUGGGGUGGUACAGGACAGCAGAAUGGAGCUGGACAAGCAUCGAAAAGCAGCGCCUCCGCUCCGUCUGUAAAUCCGAAUAAUGCAGCAGGUGUUGCACCUGAAGGAGCCGGUAACGGCAGUGGAGGCAGUGGGGCGGCCGGAGGUCCUUGGAAUGGACCAGGAGGAAACGCACAAGUCGCAUCCGCUUCUCAAGGCGGUGCCCAAGCAGCAGCGGGUAACGGUGGAGUCGGAGCUGGUGGAGCGUUGGCUCAAGAUCAGCAAGGAGCUGUUGCUCAGCAAGCCGUUUCAGGUGCAGCACAACAGCAACAACAAGCUCCGGGACAGCCAGGUCAACCGGAGGCAGCAGCAGGUGCUGCAGGAGCUGCAUCCGGCUCAGCCAGUGGAGCGGCGGGCGUGGUACAGUCGAGCGCUGCCAAAAAUCAGCUUGAACAUUUGAACUCUCUUCGCGAGUCUCUGUUCGCCCAGGAUGGUUGGGGAUCGGAGAACGUGGACCAAGACACACAGUGGGACGUACCGGCAUCGCCGGAACCGGGUGGUAAAACGGACCCAAACAGCGCCACCAGUGGCCCAAUGGCGGGCAUUCCGAUGUGGAAGACAAACACGGGCACGGAGCUGUGGGAGGCAAAUCUUCGCAACGGUGGACAGUUGCCCCAGCAACAACCACCGGUUCAGAAGACACCCUGGGGACCGGCAAACAAUUACGGUGGAACCUGGGGCGAGGAUGAUGAAGCGAACGAACCGGCCUCUGGAUGGAAUGGAUCAAUGGGCGGAGGAACGGGUGUUGCUCCACCGGGAGGUGUUGGUGGUAUGCGUGAUCAACCGCCAGGCAGUGCACAACAGUCGCAACUAACAGGACAACCGCCCCAAGCACAGCAACCACCACCGUGGAACGCGGGAGGCGUUGGAGCGGGAGCUGGAGUCGGAGCGGGUGGAGCUGGUGGUAUGUGGAGUGGAACCGGUGGAGGUGGUGGUGCGCCCGGUGGUGUUGGUGCAAUGGCACCAAAUGUAGCCGCCGGUCUGAAGAAGGACAACGAGUGGGGUGCAGGCAUUGGAGCGGGAGCAGGAGCAGGUGGAAGCGGUGCUUGGGGAGCGGGUGCUGGUGGGGGUAGUGCGGCGGAUGGUCGUGUUGGCGGCAAUCCGAUUGCUGCUGGAGCUGGAGGUCUCGAUCCGACCGGGCUCGAUAUGCGCAACAUUCGCAUUGCCAGCGCAAUGGACAGCAACCGUGAGAUCCGGGGCGAUCCGCGUGGCAUUUCAGGUCGAUUGAAUGGAAACGUUGGGCUCUGGGAGCAUCAGAUGUCGAGCAUGCAGCAGAAGAUGCCACCGACGGCCACUACACCGGGAACACCGACUGGUGCUGGUGGUGUUGGAGCACAAGGCGGAGGUAAUCAGUGGCCUUCGAACAAUCCGCUUGGUGCGGUUAACAAUGGCGUUACCGGUGGUGGAGUUGGUGGAGGUGCUAAGCUGGUGGCCGGCUCUGGAUGGGACGAUCCGAAUGCGGGUGGUGGCGGUCCGCCAGUAGUGCGCCGUAACAACAUGGACGAUGGAACUGCUCUGUGGGGUCAGAACGCACUCAAUAGACAGAAUUCCGGGAACGUAUCCGGCUGGAAGGAUAAUAGUGGUGGUGGGCUGGGACCGCCGGGUGCGGAUGGUGGCAUGGGUCGCAACCUUAUGCACCGAAACGCGAUGGUCGGUGGAGGCGGUAAUCUGCCUGGUAAUGGUGGACUGGUUGGACGUGGAGUCGGUCCAGGCGGACCCAUGAAACCGGACAGCCUGUGGGGACAGAACCCGGCUGCAGCACUCGGUGCCGGACCACGUGGAGGGGCCGGUAACUGGGGCGCAGAUGACGUAUCGUCCGGAGCAGGCGGAAGCAACUGGGGAGACGAUAAACCACCGAUGGGAGGUAACUCUCUGUGGAACGAUGGUAACAAUUGGAACAACAAGAGCAAAAUGUCCUCCGCGGGUGGAGGCGGCUGGAACGAUGGUGCUCCGGGAGGUGCUAGCGGAGGCCCGGGCGGUAUGGAUAUGGGCAACUCGGACUGGGGAAUGCCACCGCAAAGCAAACUGCCCCCGAACGGUAACAAGAUGAACGCGCUUGAGAUUAUACGCUGCAGUAAACCGUACCGGCAGCUGUGCGAUAUGGGCUUCAAGAAGGAAGACGUCGAGAGCGUCCUGCGACUCACGAACAUGAACGUGGAGGAGUCGCUCGAAUUACUGCAUCGUAGCAGUGGCGGCGGCGGUGGUGGCUCGGAUUGGUCCCGACGACCGGACGGCCAUGGUGGAUUCGGAGCCGGUGACCAGUUUGUCGGUGGCGGUGGAGUUAGUGGGCGCUUUGCGGCAGCUGCAGCCGGUAUUGGUCCGAUGGCGUUCCAGCAGAACAAUCAGAACAACCUUGGUGGCGGCGUUUUCGGCGGCGGCAAUGGAUCAGGGGCCGGCGGUGGUGGUUCCUUUAAUAGUAUAAAGUUUGGUGGCGGCGCCGGUCAUGGAGGAGCUGGUGGUAACGGUGGAGGACCGGUCGGAGGAGGGGGUGGUCCACCGGGCGCAGGUGCCGGAGUGUUUGGUGGCCAGCAGCAGCAGCAGCAGCAACAGCCGGGCGGAGCACUCGGAGGUGGUGGGCUAAAUCAACCGAAUGCACAAUCGCAACAAAUCUCGAACCAUCAGCUGCGUCUGCUGGUGCAGCAAAUACAGCUAGCCGUCCAGAACGGGUACCUGGAGAAUCAGAUUCUUAACCAACCGUUGGCGCCUCAGACGCUGAUGCUUCUGAACCAGUUGCUGACCCAUAUAAAGCAAUUGAACGCUAUGCAAAACAAUCUGAGUCGCACCGGUGGUGGUGGUGUGAACGGCGUACAAAUGUCUAUAGCCAUUAGCAAACUUAAAUCACAGAUAACCAGCCUGCAGAAUCAAAUCAACAUGCAGCAGGCCAACUAUCUGAAGCAACAGCAGCAACAGCAGCAGCAACAACAGCAGCAGCAGCAACAGCAUCAACAGCAACAACAUCAGCAGCAGCAACCGCCUCAUCCGGGCAGUCUGAAUGCGGCCAACGUGAACGUGGCGGCACUAGCAGCAGCUGGUGGCAGCGGUCAUCCGGCCAACGAUCUGUUCCGCGCACCGUCCGAUCUAGCCGGUCUGCCGGGAAGUUUUGCAGACAUGGCGCUGAAGGAAGGUGGUGGCGUACCAUUCCCAUCUACCGGUAGCUCUAGUCAGCAGUCGCGGUUGCAGCAAUGGAAGCUGCCAACUAACAGUGCCACCUCGGCCGGCCUUGACAAGGAUGGAUCGGAUCUGACCGAUUUUGUUCGUGCACCGGGUGCAAGCUCCAAGUCGGGCCCAUCGGGAUCGGGCAUUGAUGAUGGUACUUGGUCGAACGGGCGUAGCAAUCUGGGUGAUGGUUGGCCGGACUCGAGCUCCCAGGACAACAAGGAUUGGACGGGCGGUAAUGAUGCAUUCAGUGAUCUCGUUCCAGAAUUCGAACCCGGUAAACCGUGGAAGGGUACACAAGCUACGCGAAUUGAGGACGAUCCAACAAUCACACCGGGUAGCGUUGCCCGCAAUCCACUUUCGAUCGCCGCAGCCAAGGAGUCGAAUCUGUUCGGUGGUGGUUCUGGCGUUAGCAACAGCAAAUCCUCGCCAACGGAAACUGGUUGGAGCUACGGCGUUCCUAGUGGUGGUGUUGGCGGUGGCGUACAGGGUGGCAAUUAUGGUGGUGCAAAGGUGCAAAAGAACCCGUGGCAAGAUCCGACCACACCGACCAUGCCACCAGCGGAUCUAUGGGAAACACCGCUCGGUGGUGGAAACGGUGGCAAAGGGGGACGCAGCACAGCAGGGAUGAUGGGUGGCAUCGGCAAACCGGGCGUCGGCAAGAUGGAUACGAACGGUUGGAAUACGCCGAGCAGCAGCCAGGCCGGUGCUGGCAGUAAUACGUGGAACAGUGGUGCUCCGUCUGCCAACGCGUGGCCCACGUCCACGUGGAUUAUGCUCAAAAAUCUUACCGCACAAAUUGAGGGUUCUACGUUGCGUACGUUGUGUCAGCAGCACGGUCCCGUACUAAGCUUCCAUCUAUACCUGAACCAUGGCAUUGCGUUGUGCAAGUACGGUUCGCGUGAGGAAGCGCAAAAGGCACAGCUGGCACUGAACAACUGUCAGCUAGGCAACACAACGAUCUGUGCGGAAAUUCCCAACGAAAGUGAGAUUCAGUACAUGCUACCACACCUCGUCGGCCCUAGCAACGGUAUGACGAACGGGGGGCUGACGAGUGGUGGUGGUCAAAACUGGCGGCUUAGUGCAGCAGCUCAAUCGCAACCGAUGAUUGGUCGGUCAAACUCGGUCGUUCAGGACACGUGGAGCUCGAAUUCUUGGAGCACGGGUAACGCUAGCUCGAACCUGUGGAACACACUGGACGGUGGUCCUGGUGACCGAGGCACACCAGCCUCCGGUGUAAAUCUGAGUGCACUACUGCCGGAGAGUUUGCUCGGCACGGAACUGAACUGAUGAUUGCGAAACAACAGCACCAUCG